AUGUCUUCUCAACAUUCAACAUCAUUUAUGCUUGUACGUCCAUUUCGUGUUCGUUUAUCAAUUUUAGAUCUUCGAACCUCUCAAUCAUCAAAUACAAAUGAAACAUCAACUAUAAAUCCUAUAUUACGUCGUUCAACUACAACUAAUCCUCUUAUAAUUAAAUUAAAUGAAUUUCUUCAUGAACAAAAUAAAUAUUCAACAAUUAAAAAUGAUUCAAUAACAAUAUCAGAUCGAGAUAUACAUGAUCGAGAAAUAAUUCAUCGAUUUCUUAAUGCUAAUAAUGAAAUUGAAGCACGAAAAAUUUUAUCACAAAUGUGGAAAGAAUCACGUUUUUGUGAUUUAAUGCUUGUUGUUGAUGGAAGUGAAUAUUUAGCACAUCGAAUCGUUCUUGCUGCAUUUAGUCGAAAAUAUCGAACAUUUUUUCGUGAACGUCGUACAGAUUUUGUUACACGUACUCAUCUACGACAUACAACACAUAAAGGUCUUCAACUUGUUUUAAAUUUUUUAUAUACUGGUGAAUUAACAUUAACAUUUCGUAAUAUAAAUGAAAUAUUAAAUUGUGCAAAAGAACUUGAUAUUGAAAAAAUUUUUGAAAUAUGCGAAGAAUUUUUAUUAACAUUUGAAAAACGUCAUGUUUUUCGUGUAUUAGAAUUAUCACGACGUUAUGGAAUGAAAAAAGCGUUUUAUCAAUCACAUUAUUAUCUAUCAAAAUAUUUUAAUCAAUGUAUUAAUAUGAAAAAUUUUCUUCAAUUACCAUAUACAACGAUCUCAAAUAUAUUAGCGGAUGAAACAAUACUAAAUCGAGAUGAAACUAUUGUUUUAAGUCGAAUUUUAAAUUGGAUUACAUCAAAUCAUGUAGAAAAUAAUCAAAUUAUUAUGAAUUUAUUUAAAAAAAUUCGAUGGAAUAAAUUAGAUUAUGAACAACAAAGAGAAUGGUUAGCUGCAAGUCAUGAAUUAGCUGAAAAUACAAAAUUGACAUUAUUUAUUAAAGAACAAAUGAUUCCUGCUUAUGAAAAAUCAAAACAUCGUUCAAGUUCAACAUCAAAAACAACUGAACAAAAAUUAAAUUUAGAUAAUUCUAGUACUCGUCAAACAAGUCGAAAUAAGCAUCGUUCUUAA